AUACUGACAGGAGGGACGACCUGCAUCUGCGCAGAAGGCUGUGGGGGGGGUGGGGGGGAGGAACAUGGCGCAAGCUCUGUCUGAGGAGGAGUUUCAGCGGAUGCAGGCUCAGCUCCUGGAACUCCGGACAAAUAAUUACCAGCUUUCAGAUGAAUUACGCAAGAAUGGCGUUGAGCUCACCAGUCUUCGACAGAAGGUCGCCUACCUGGAUAAGGAGUUCAACAAAGCUCAGAAGGCACUGAGCAAGAGCAAGAAAGCUCAGGAAGUCGAAGGGCUACUGAGUGAAAAUGAAAUGCUGCAGGCAAAGCUGCACAGCCAGGAGGAGGACUUUCGUUUGCAGAACAGCACGCUUAUGGCGGAGUUCAGCAAGCUCUGCAGCCAGAUGGAGCAGCUGGAACGGGAGAACCAGCAACUGAAGGAUGGGGCUGCCAGGGCAGGCACUGCCCAGGCUGGGGGUCUUGUGGAUGGCGAGCUGCUGAGACUGCAGGCGGAGAACACGGCCUUGCAGAAAAAUGUGGCAGCCCUGCAGGAACGCUAUGGGAAAGAGGCUGGGAGAGCCCAAGCUGCCAGUGAGGGCCAAGGGGACCCCCCAGGGGGCCCCGCCCCCACUGUCCCAGUCCCCAUGCCACUGGCAGAAGUGGAGUUGAAAUGGGAAAUGGAGAAGGAAGAAAAGAGAUUGCUCUGGGAGCAACUGCAAGGCUUGGAGAGCUCAAAGCAGGCAGAAACAUCCAGGCUGCAGGAGGAACUUGCUAAGCUCUCUGAGAAACUGAAAAAGAAACAAGAAAGUUUCUGCCGUCUGCAGACAGAAAAGGAGACACUAUUCAACGACAGCCGGAAUAAAAUUGAGGAGUUACAGCAGAGGAAGGAAGCAGAUCUCAAAGCCCAGUUGGCUCGCACUCAGAAGCUGCAGCAGGAACUCGAGGCUGCCAAUCAGAGCUUGGCAGAACUGAGAGAUCAGCGGCAGGGGGAGCGCCUGGAGCAUGCAGCAGCUCUGCGAGCCCUACAGGAUCAGGUGUCCAUCCAGAGUGCAGAUGCACAGGAACAAGUGGAAGGACUUUUGGCUGAGAACAGCGCCUUGAGGACCAGCCUAGCUGCCCUGGAGCAGAUCCAAACAGCAAAGACCCAAGAACUCAAUACACUCCGGGAUGAGAAUGCCGGUCUGGCGGCUGAUUUGCAGCAGCGGCAGACUGAGUACGAGGACCUCAUGGGACAGAAGGAUGACCUCAACUCCCAACUGCAGGAGUCACUGCGGGCCAAUAGUCGGCUCCUGGAACAACUUCAAGAAAUAGGGCAGGAGAAGGAGCAAUUGACCCAUGAGCUGCAGGAGGCUCGGAAGAGUGCCGAAAAGCGGAAGGCCAUGCUGGACGAGCUGGCGAUGGAGACACUGCAGGAGAAGUCCCAGCAUAAGGAAGAGCUGGGCGCGGUCCGACUGAGGCAUGAGAAGGAGGUGCUGGGGGUGCGUGCGCGCUACGAGCGCGAGCUCCGAGAGCUGCAUGAAGACAAGAAGCGGCAGGAGGAGGAGCUCCGUGGGCAGAUCCGUGAGGAGAAGGCCCGAACUCGAGAACUGGAGAAUCUCCAGCAGACCGUGGAAGAACUUCAAGCUCAGGUACAUUCUAUGGAUGGAGCCAAGGGCUGGUUUGAACGACGCUUGAAGGAGGCCGAGGAAUCCCUGCAGCAGCAGCAGCAGGAGCAAGAGGAAACCCUCAAGCAGUGCCGGGAGCAGCAUGCUGGCGAGCUGAAGAGCAAGGAGGAGGAGCUGCAGGGGGUGCGGGAUCAGCUCCAGCAGGCCCAGGAGGAGAGGGACUGCCACCUGAAGACCAUCAGCAACCUGAAACAGGAGGUGAAGGACACAGUGGACGGGCAGCGGAUCCUGGAGAAGAAGGGCAGUGCUGCGCUCAAGGACCUCAAGCGGCAGCUGCACCUGGAGCGGAAAAGGGCUGAUAAGCUGCAGGAGCGGCUGCAGGACAUACUUACCAACAGCAAGAGCCGCUCAGGCCUCGAGGAGCUGGUUCUCUCAGAGAUGAACUCGCCAAGCCGUACCCAGACUGGGGACAGCAGUAGCGUCUCCUCCUUUAGCUACCGGGAGAUUUUGCGGGAGAAGGAAAGCUCAACUGUUCCAGCCAGGUCCUUAUCUAGCAGCCCUCAGGCCCAGCCUCCACGGCCAGCCGAGUUGUCCGAUGAGGAAGUGGCUGAGCUCUUUCAGCGCCUGGCAGAGACGCAGCAGGAGAAAUGGAUGCUGGAGGAGAAGGUGAAGCACCUGGAGGUGAGCAGUGCCUCCAUGGCGGAGGACCUUUGUCGGAAGAGCGCCAUCAUUGAGACCUAUGUCAUGGAUAGCCGGAUCGGUCAGUGCCUCCUCCCCGGCCUUACCCCCAUCCAGUCUCUGACCUGCCGCCUCCUUCCCCACUGUCUCCUCUCCUCUCACGACUCAGCAAAGGUACUGACAAGAUCACAGCUGCUGGAGGGGAGAGCAGGUCCCACUGCUCUUCCCUUCUGUCUGAGUCUUUGUCAUCACUUCACUCUCCUUUCUCCAGUGUGGUUCUCUGUCCCCCUCUCUCCCUUCUCUCUCCCCAUCUCUUCUGUCCGCUGUACCCUUCAUCUCCUCUCACUGCUCCUACUGCCUGUCUGGACUGUGUCUGUUUUGGAAGUUUCUCGUCUACAUAUGUACCCCUUCAGGGAUUCUUAGCUCUUCCUCUCCCACUUUCUAGCCUCUUUCCCCCCACCCCUCCCAUCUUUGUUUCUUCUGCUUCUUUCUGUCACACCUUCUCCUAGCCCCAUUUUUCCCUUUUUAGUCAGAAGAACAUGGACUGACGCAGGCCGAGCACUGUGUGUCUGUGCUACACAUGCAGUCAGAGGCCUCUUGCCAGCUCCCCAAGGUGGUUAUUAUCCCCAUUUCUCAGGGCUGCACAGCCAGGAAGUGAUGGCCAGGUUUCACACGGCCGAGCCUCCUCCCCCUAUCUCACUCAGCUUCUCCCCACUACUUUUUGCCCCCUUCUCUGCUUCCCGCUUCUCUGCCCUCUCUCUUUCAUCUCUCCUCUGGCUCCGCCGAGGGGGGUUUCUCAGCCUGGGCCC